AUGGCCGAAUAUAUCGAACUCGAUGAGAUCGGACAGGAUUAUGAUUGGGAUCCCUGGGAAGAAAAUGACGAAACUAAUUUGAACGAUGACUUUUACGAAACGGCAUUGGACGAUCUGGAAAGACAGGACGAUGAAAAAUGGCUGUCGGAUUUUAAGAAACAAAAUGAAAAUGAUAAGGCUACAAAAAGAAAGAGGGAAACCAAUUCAUUGUAUACGACCGGAUCUUCUACAAGUCUGAAAUCUGAAUACGUGAAAAAACUUUUUGGGAACGACUAUCAAUUAAACCCGAACGACGGAUUAAAUUCCAGGGACUUCUUUUCCCGACUGGAUGUUGACGGAUAUUGGUUAACGUUCGACGAUGUUAGAGUAGCUUUCAUCGAUAGAAGUAGAAAAUACUUUUUAUCUAAAAAUACAUCCAACGUUCAGAGUCUAAAAGAUUUUAGAACCGCAUUCGAAAGAGCGACGGAAGAACAUCAGAAUAAAUUCGUCAGUAUCACAGAAGAAGAAAUUCCAGAUGGAAAUCCAUCGGUCCUCGAUGAUAUUUCUAACGACGUGCGUGAUGAAAUUCACAAUGAAAAUAUCGACGAUAAUCUUGAAUUUCACGAUCGCGUCUUACAAUUUCAUCGUGAUAGGAAAUUGACUGAACAGGAAGCUAGGGAAUUGGUUGGAAUUACCGUUCCCAAAGGUGAACCUAAUGAACGGAUCAAAUAUUUAAAAAUAGAACGUCAAAAACUUAAAAUAGAUUUUGAAACCGAAUCCGAUCCCGAACGUCAAGAUAUUUUUCGCGAAGCGUUAGAGAUCGUCGAUCAGAAUAUCGACGAUGCGAAAUUAGAAAUGUGGGAUCGUCCCGAAUCUGAAGAAGGCGUGCAUCGGAUUCGUGAAAAAGUUCGCGAGGAUACACGGACGAGAUUUGAAAAAUUUAAAGUCUGGGCCAGGAAAAAUUUAGGAGUUUUAUCUGCGAUCGCCAUUUCCAUCGCGGGGAUUAUUACGACUGUCGUUGUCGCUGGAAAAAAGACGUUGGUCGGUGCUGCGAAAGGGGUGGGUGAAGUUGGAAAAGCAUUAGGUAAGAUCGCCAAAGCCGCACUUCCCGUUCUCGUUCCCAUCUUGAAUAUGUUAGCUACCAUUCUUACAUGGGGUGCAAAAGGAAUAGAAUUUCUUGCGAAAAAUCUAUGGAUUCUUGCCAUCCUGAUCGCCGGGUAUUUGUACAAUUAUUUGAAGAAAAAAUAA